CUCAGAGACCCGCAGAUCAUCAGACGCUCAUGAGGACCAAACACACACACACACAUACACACACGAACCCCGACGAGCCUCACACACCAGAACGACACAGAUGCUCUCUAGCACCCCCUGUCUUAGUGGCAGAUGUGCGUCAUGACAAGAAACCCGUCACUCCUGCUGCUGGUCAUUCUGCUGCUGGACACCGAGGUGUGUCUCUGCGAGGAUGUGUUCAUAGCGGCGGGGAUGUCAGCAGAGGAGGUGACCGAUAUCCCAGCAUCCUCUUCUGAUCUGAAGGUGACCCGUGAGCAGAUCCUCUCCGCCCAGUUUGAGUGUUACCUCAAAAUAAUGUAUGAGCCUCCACGCAGCGAUCCGGGCCCGUACUGUAAUCGCACAUGGGACGGGUGGCUCUGCUGGGGAGACUCCGCCCCUGGCACCGCUGUCCAGCUCUGCCCCAACUACUUCCACGAUUUUGAUUCAACUGAAAAAGUGACCAAAGUGUGUGGCUCGGACGGUCAUUGGUUUCGUCACCCGGAAAGCAACCGACUGUGGUCCAAUUACACUCUGUGUUCGGCGUACACUAAGCAGAAACUCAAGCUUACGUAUGUGCUUUACUAUCUGACUAUAGUGGGACACGUCCUCUCCAUCAUAUCGCUCCUUAUUUCCAUAUGCAUCUUCUCCUACUUCAAGUGUUUGAGCUGUCAGCGAAUCACUCUUCAUAAAAACAUGUUCACAUCCUUCAUCCUGAACUCGUUCGUCACCAUCAGCUAUUUCUACUUCGUCAUCGGCGAGGAGCAGACCAGAACAGACUCUUCUCAGAUCGGCUGUAAGAUCCUAACGAGUCUCACGUACUACACCACAUGCACCAAUUAUUUCUGGAUGUUGUGCGAGGGGAUCUACCUGCACACCCUUAUCAUUGUGGCCGUGUUUGUGGGCGAGCAGCAGCUGGGCUGGUACUACAUCCUCGGCUGGGGUUUCCCAGUGAUCCCUGCUGUAACGCAGGCUGUGGCGCGUCUGCUCUUCCAUGAUGACAGGUGUUGGACCAUGAACACAAGCCUGCUGUACAUCACACACGGCCCGAUACAAGUCGUUCUGGUGGUGAACCUGUUUUUCCUCCUCAACAUCGUGCGGGUGUUGAUCACCAAACUGAGGGUCACCCACCAGACCGAGAGCAGCGUGUACAUGAAAGCGGUUCGCGCCACCAUCAUCCUGGUUCCUCUGCUGGGAGCCCAGUUCAUCCUGAUGCCGCUGGAGCCCAGCGGACGCAUCUCUCGGGCCAUCUACGAGCUAUUCAUGAACAUCUUUGUGCAUUUCCAGGGUCUCCUGGUGGCCGUGAUCUUCUGCUUCUGUAAUGGAGAGGUGCAGUCAGCGCUGCGGCGUAAGUUUGCGCAGGAUCGCGGUCAGUGGAUGCAGGGGCGCCUGGUGACCACAGACUCUCACUGUAACUACCACACCAACUCCUCCGUCACCGAGACCAGCCGCGUCACCAUCAGCCUCGACCACAGCCUGUCCAACACGGGCGACGGGAAAACCGGCGACACCACACUCGCGAUGAACGGCCAGAGCAACGGCAAACACUGCUCCAGCGAAGAACCCGAGAUCGCCGAAGUGCUCGAGUCGUCUGAAAUAUGAACAUCAUCCAGCUGAAGAUCCCAUUCGGAUUUUCUGAAACAAAACACACACAAGUUUAUGAAAACGUUAUUUCUGAAUGUCAUCUGAACUUUCAAAACGUCCAGUUUUAAAAAUGUUUUUUCUUGGUUAUGCGAACGUUAAGGGAACGUUCCACUUCAUUGUUUUGCAAACAUUAUUUGAACGUUAGUUUUGAAUGUUCUCUGUGCUAACAUUAUUAAAGACCAAAAACCUUUGAAUGAACGUUCCAUUAACGUUACUGGAAGAACAUUUGUUCAUAACUUUGAAAGAACCUUGCCAAAUAAGUUAUGAGAACGUUCCCUGUUAGCUGGAUAUGCACUAAUAUCACCAACACAACAUCACAGGUACUUCUGUGAUAUGACGUAUGACCACCAGUGAAAGAGUUUUUCGUGUUUGUUAUGGAUUAAUACAUUUAUUGGUGUUUUAUUUGUAAUUUUAAACACGUUGUAUUUGUACAUUUAAACACAUAAGUCUGACUGUAAAGUUGCUUUUAGUGAGAUUUAAGGCCCAUUCACACUAAGAGCGAUAACUAUAAAUAUAAAGAUAUAGUUCUAAAAAUCGUUCUAAAUAUAAAAGAAUAGCACUGUCCAAACGAUAUCGUUGGGAUCACUAUCGGAACGAUUUUUUCCCAGCUGUUAAACGAUAAAACACUGACAGCCAAUCAGAAUCCGUUCUAAUGUAAGGGUUCGCGCAUUUAAAAUGGCGGACGUCAUUGCAGAGAAGUUAAUCGCCGAGGUCCAGAAAAAGCCACGACUGUUUGACAAGUCAAACCCCCUUUUCAGGGAUACUUUAAAGAAAAUGGAUAUAUGGAAAACAAUCGGUCAUACCCUCGGAAUAAAUGGUGAGAAAUAUUAAUGAUAAGGUCAUUAUGUCAGGAUAGCAAACAGUGUUAAAAUAAAAUUACCUCAGGUAUCCAGCGCUAGUUUCGACAACAUUGUCUUGCUUCCUUUGAAGUUGCAGUGAAAAAGACGACGUUGUUUUUAUUCCACUAUAUUAACUUUGUCAGCUAAAUUCACUGUUAGAUUAGAUCGCUACUCUAGCUAUUUACUCGAAACAUAGCAUGCUGAGGACAUCUGCUGGUUAAAGCCGUGUAAAUGCAACAAGAAAAGCAAAACCGCAGCGCGUGAGCUUAGAAUAAACAGACCGUUAUCGUUCGUUGGUGUGGACGCAAAUAUAGUUAAGUUACCGUUCUUGGUGUGAACAUGCCUUUAUUCAGUAUAAACUGUUCACAGAUUUAUAUUUCGAUCUAAAUGGAAGGAAUGUGCAUGUGUUAAUAUGGAAAAGCCAAUGCAUAUUAAAACGCACCGAAUAGUUUGCUUGUCCGCGUUCCCCUCCGUCACGUGGACUGUGUGCGUGACCUAAUUUUUGUCAUUAGAGCACUGCACUGCCUAGUGGACUUAUUGGUAUUAUCAUCUGAUACUACAGCAAACUGUUCCACUGUAUUUUUAGGGAUCCUCGAUUUGGAUGUGAUUAUCUCUAGGAUAGUGCGCAUGCGCCGAACACGCUGACUGUGCGCGAGGCGAAGAGGAACGCGGAGAACAAAAUGUUGUAAAUAAGCUGUUAUAUAAGCACUUGUUUUCACCGAAUGUAUCUGCUUCAUGAGCCCUUUGAGUUUUUAUUAUUGUCAAAGCUCUUAAGAUGUCACAUUUGCUUUUUGUGGUUCUUGGAAAACGCAAAUAAAAAACAUUCCAUUUGACUUGUUAAUAUUAUCACUAUUUGUGUAACAGACGCGGUGAAACUCAAUAAAAGUACUUGCAUUA